GGGCUCGGCACACGCCGACUGGACAGCAUGGCUAAACCGCCGAUCCUUUUCUACCAGGUCAUGUUCCUGCUGCUGUCCUGCACAGAAUCCCGCACUCUUGGCAGUCAUCCUGACGGUACAAUCAAGAGCUCCGGAAGGAGCGAAGACAGCUUUAUCUACGGCGCAUCAUCGCAUCUGGAUUGUCGACACGUGCCGAACUUGGGGGAGGUGCCUCUUGGAACAGCUUCAGCGGCAACGGCGCUGCAAUCGCUGCCCAUAAAGACCAAGCCUGACCGGACCAACGCCAGUGGGCUCGGCACACGCCGACUGGACAGCAUGGCUAAACCGCCGAUCCUUUUCUACCAGGUCAUGUUCCUGCUGCUGUCCUGCACAGAAUCCCGCACUCUUGGCAGUCAUCCUGACGGUACAAUCAAGAGCUCCGGAAGGAGCGAAGACAGCUUUAUCUACGGCGCAUCAUCGCAUCUGGAUUGUCGACACGUGCCGAACUUGGGGGAGGUGCCUCUUGGAACAGCUUCAGCGGCAACGGCGCUGCAAUCGCUGCCCAUAAAGACCAAGCCUGACCGGACCAACGCCAGUGGGCUCGGCACACGCCGACUGGACAGCAUGGCUAAACCGCCGAUCCUUUUCUACCAGGUCAGUUGGGAAAAUACGACAUCGUUUAGAGGCAGUUAUUUUGUAAUUGUCUCGCCGAGCCCACGGUAUUGUUUGUUUCUGGUGAAGAGAUGUGUAUGUGUGAUUAGCCUCUUGGUUUGCGGUGACGUUGAGUCAAACCCAGGCCCAAAAACUGAUCAUGAGAUUCUAAUGGAAAUUAAUGCUAAUAUCCAAAUACUGCUACAGCGCACUAAUGGUUUAGAGGAAAAGUUGGAAAACUUGACCACGAGGGUGACGUCGAGUGAAGACCGUAUGACGGCCCGGGCUGAGGAACUUCAAACGCAUAUUCAAGCCCUGGAGAACAAGAUAGAUGAACUGGAAAAUAGAGAACGAAGGAACAACUUGGUGAUACAUGGUCUGACGGAGAGUCCGCAGGAAAGUUCGUCCUCGUUAAAUACUACGGUAGUCAAGGAAAUAUUCGAAAAACAUUUGGAGGUAUCGAUAACAAGUAUAGAGCGGAUCCACCGUCUCGGAAAGCACAAAGAAGGCUCACGACGCCCCGUCAUACUUAGACUUAUGGACUACCGGGAAAAAGAGCUGAUACUUCAAAAUGCUAAAAAAUUAAAAGGCACAAAUAUAUACAUUGGUGAAGAUUUUUCAUACCGUGUUCGCUCAGUCAGGAGACUUCUUUGGAACAGCUCACGAGCCAACAGGGAAAGGAGGGAAAAGGUGUAUUUGUCAUAUGAUAAGCUGAAGAUAAAUGGUGAAGUGUACAUAUGGGAUGACCAGAAAAAUGACAAGGUGAAACAAGUACAAACUUCCAGCCAGCGCCUUACUCCCUGCGCAUGACACAGAGAGGAAGAAAAAAAAGAACUCAGACUGGUAUCCCUAAAUGCACGAAGCUUAGUUAACAAAACUGACCAACUAGAAGCUUUAAUUUAUUGCUACGACCCGCAUGUUUUUCUGAUAACCGAAACCUGGCUUAAUGAUAAUAUUCUUGAUAACGAAGUCGUACCGCCAAACUAUAGGUUACUUCGCAGGGAUAGGUGCGGCAGAGGUGGAGGAGUAGCUAUAGCGAUAAAAGACAACUUGGCGUUUCAAUCCAUGGAGCAUGUUGGUGACAGUGAAAGUGUGUGGUGCAAGUUGGAUUUCUUCGGAACUUGGAUAACUGUUGGAACGGUAUAUAAAAAGCCAGGAUCAUCCUCUGAGGACUUAGAUAAAAUCCUGGAUUACUUGAUCGCAAACACUAAUAGUCGAAGUAAGUUGAUAAUUGGAGGAGAUUUUAACGCUCCGGACGUCAUUUGGUCGGAUGAUGGUGUGGCUGUCCAGGGCACGAGGAUGUCCGACUCGCUUCUACAAUUGGCUUUCAGUCGCGGUCUACGUCAAGUUGUUACGGAACCUACGCGUGUUACUGACACUACAUGUUCGCUACUCGAUCUUUUGUUUGUUAGUAAUCAU